AUGCGACGCGGAAGGCACGGGCCCGGUCAGGGAGCUAUCUGUCGCCCGGGGCCCGGCCCGGGCCUCGUCAGAGAAGCUACCUGGGGCGAGAGGCUCGGGCCCGGUCAGGGAGCUACCUGUCGCCCGGGGCCCGGCGCGGGCCUGGUGACAUCUAAGCAGGCUCCAGCACCAGAAGAAGAGAUGGCUGCGCUUCCUGUUAAUCUGUCUUCCUGUGUUUAUGAUGAUGAUAAGAAUGCUGCUGCUGCUGAUGGACCAAAGGUGACAUCUAAGCAGGCUCCAGCACCAGAAGAAGAGAUGGCUGCGCUUCCUGUUAAUCUGUCUUCCUGUGUUUAUGAUGAUGAUAAGAAUGCUGCUGCUGCUGAUGGACCAAAGGUGACAUCUAAGCAGGCUCCAGCACCAGAAGAAGAGAUGGCUGCACUUCCUGUUAAUCUGUCUCCCUGUGUUUAUGAUGAUGAUGAGAAUGCUGCUGCUGCUGAUGGACCAAAGGUGACAUCCAAGCAGGCUCCAGCACCAGAAGAAGAGAUGGCUGCACUUCCUGUUAAUCUGUCUUCCUGUGUUUAUGAUGAUGAUGAGAAUGCUGCUGCUGCUGAUGGACCAAAGGUGACAUCUAAGCAGGCUCCAGCACCAGAAGAAGAGAUGGCUGCACUUCCUGUUAAUCUGUCUCCCUGUGUUUAUGAUGAUGAUGAGAAUGCUGCUGCUGCUGAUGGACCAAAGGUGACAUCCAAGCAGGCUCCAGCAACAGAAGAAGAGAUGGCUGCACUUCCUGUUAAUCUGUCUUCCUGUGUUUAUGAUGAUGAUAAGAAUGCUGCUGCUGCUGAUGGACCAAAGGUGACAUCCAAGCAGGCUCCAGCACCAGAAGAAGAGAUGGCUGCGCUUCCUGUUAAUCUGUCUUCCUGUGUUUAUGAUGAUGAUGAGAAUGCUGCUGCUGCUGAUGGACCAAAGGACAACACUUCACAGCAUCCAAACUGA